AUGUCUAAAAGACCUAGUUCAGGGAAACGAGGCAAUCUUUCGCAGAUCUUUAUUCAUUUAAUUUUUCAGUUUGGUCUAAUAGAUAUACCAGAUUUUGAUAAUGAUGAUGAACCAAUGAAUCUGUCAGAUGAUGACUUAGACUUGGAAGCUGAGUUGGCAGCUAUUAGUGGAGGGCAAAAGAAGCCACGGCCUCAGAAACCCGCUCCGGCUGCACCAGCAGACCUUGACGCUAUGAUUGCUGCUAGCUUAAAGGAUAUACCUUCAGAUGAGGACGUUUCAGGUGAUGAAGAUGACCCAGAUCUCCUCAAUGAGCUACAAGAGUUAGCUUUAGAUGAAGGUGCUCCGUCUGAGAGGCGAGCAACUCGACCCGCCCCUCCUCCUCCCGGAUGUGAAAGUAGCAUGGUAUCACUAUUGCAAGAGAGAUUGUCUAAUUAUACACUUGCCGAGAAAGCAGCUAAAGAGAAUGGAGAGAGCAGCAGGGCUAGACGAUUCAAUCGUGGUAUCAAAACUCUUAAUGAUCUACUGAAGCAGGCAAAAGCUGGUGGGACUGUCAAGGAUGAGGAUAUACCCCCUCCAGUCAGCGUUGGAAAACCAACUCAAUCUAGUGAACCAGCAACGGAUCCACAACCUUCUGAGCCCCAAGUUUCAGCUCCGGUGCCUCCUCCUCGUUCCACAUCAGUGACAAAGCCCCAAGACCCUGAACCAAGGUCUCUAUCACCCCCUGAGCCUAAAGAGGCCCCUCCUCCACCACCGGUUUUCGAUGAUGUCGACCCGGCAAAGGUUGAGGGGUUGAAAUUUAUUUUGAAGCGUACAGAAGAAUUCAAAGCAGCUGCCCUAGCAAGCAAGCACGCCGGUGAAAAAUCCUUAGCUUUGGAAUAUUUGAAAGUAGUAAAACAAUUCAAUGUAGUCAUUGAUGCAUAUAAAGCAGGUCAAGAGAUGGAUUUGAAUGAACUGCCCACUCCGGAGGCAAUCGCUUCAGGAUUCAAAGAACAGAACAAAGAAGAUAAUCAAGUUCAACAAGCGCCGGAGCCAGCUCCAGAACCUGCCCCGGAACCAGCGGGGCUGAUAACGGCUUCAACAGUUGAUGAGGCACUACGACAGAGGCUUGCUUGUUUCCAGGAACAAGAGGUAAAAGCAAAAGAGCAAGGAAACGCAUCAAAAGCCCGCCGGAUGGGUAGAAUAGUGAAGCAGUACCAAGACGCCAUCAAACUGCAUUCUAUGGGGAAACCUAUACCCAUAGAUGAGCUCCCCACUCCCAAUGGGUACGCUCCCAUACCCACUGAGGGGGCUGCCCCGGCCCCUCGGCCCCCUGCCCCGGCCCCGGCCCCCCGCCCCUCAGCGAGUCCGUCCUCCUCUAAGGCCGGAGCUCCACCGCCGGCAUCGCGAUACCAGAAGCAGCUCGCGCUAUUACUGCAUCGACAGAAACAGUUCAAGGAGGCCGCUAUACUAGCGAAGAAAAAUGGUGAUAUAAAUCAAGCUAAAGAGUACCUGCGUACAGCGAAGGGCUUCGAUUCUGUCAUAGAGGCGGCGAAGGGCGGUCUCACUGUCGACUUCAAGUCCUUACCCCUGCCUCCCACUGAGAAAAAAAAGAUGGAAGACUCUUACGACGUUAUAUCAGCCGAGGAGUGCGGUCCGACCGACGAUUCGACGAUAAACAUAGACGACGACAACGUAAUGACUCGCAUCCAGCAACAGCUAAGCGGUCAACUGAAGCUCUGCCUCACCAACCGCGACCACUACAAGGCGAUGGGCAACAUCGCCGAGAGCAACCGCUUCGAACACCUCGCUGUCAGUGUGAAGCAGGACUUGGACGUCGUGAAGGUGGCUAAGAGCCUAGGCGACACACCUCCCAAAUUCCACUACGAAAACCGCAAGUUCUCAGUGGUUCAGUGCAAUACGGAUCUUAAUGAAAACGACUUAGAACUCACAAUUGUACGCGGGAUCGCAUACAACGUGCCCAAUCCUAAGGAAAUCGAUACAUACGUCAAAUUCGAGUUCCCGUAUCCUCAGGAAACGCCAGUAUCAGACAGAACCCAGCUAGUUAAAGACACAAACAGCCCCAACUACUCGGCAGUGUUUACCCUGGCCAUACAGCGAGGCGCGAGACCCUGUUUGAGGGUCUUCAAGCGACACGCCAUCAAGUUCGAAGUUUAUUCGAGAGGGUGGUGUAGCUCGUUGUGUUGCAGCGGCUGGUUCAGCCGGGACGCUCUGCUGGGGACGGCGACAGUGAAGCUGGCUCCGCUGGAGACCCAGGUCACCAUACAUGAGGCUUUUCCCUUAAUGGACGGUCGAAGACCGGCGGGAGGGUCACUAGAAGUCCGCCUGCGCGUGCGCACCCCACUGCUACAGCAGCAGAUAGAACACACCACGCACCGCUGGCUAGUCAUCGAUCACUGACCGGGACACAGCUUGAACUUAUAACGCCUGCUUGUUAAAGACUCUUGACUAUUACUUUCAAGUAUGCUAUGCUUUGUGACUAUAUAAGGGUAUGUUAUGUCCCUGAAUUUAUGUGGUAGGAUAGGAUACGGAAAAGAUUGAUUAUUGUAAAAAUUAUUAUUUUAAUAGUCCGAUUACGAUUUUU